AAUCUAACCAUCUCCAUCACCUCCAAGACCAAACUCCUCCGCCUGAUGAGCCUUCUUCCUAUGGAGUUGUGGGCAGUAGCACCCAUUCUUGGACCCCAAAUAUCACUUUGAAUGCAGGUAACUUCAACCCAAACCUCCAAGAAGGUAAUCCAAUAUCAAGAACAUUAACGCACAGGAACGAUAUUCGGGUCCCUCAACGACCUCUAAACGGUUCUAUGAUCCAAGAUUUAGGUUAUCAUCACUGGACAAGUACUGAUGCAGAAAGGUGCUUAGAGUUUUCGAAGAUUAAGGAAGAGAACUCGGUUGAUUUCCCCAAAUUCAGUGAAAUGCUAAACAGACCUUCGAGCAUGGAAGGCUAUCAACUUGCUUGUACUACUUCCACAACAAACAAUCAGAUGAAGAAUAUUGAGCACAAAGAUAUGAAUGCUCUCAAUGAGAAGCUCUUGUUCAAGACCCUUCUUUCCGGAGACUUGUACUCCUCUACUAGUGCUCAAAAUUAUCCUAAUUUUGGUGGUACUAGCAUGCCAAGUAGAGGAAAUUUCAGCCAGAUUUACCCAAGUAUAAAUAUCUCAAACUUGAAUCAGUCAACCACUUACAAUUCCACAGAAAUUUCAAGGUCGACCUUGGAUAUGAACACGCAGUCUUUAGAUCUAUUAACCACAGCAAGAUCAUACAGUGAGGGUUUGAGCCAGCAUUCACAAGAUCAUGAUGGUCUUGGUAGAUUUCCUGACAACGUUUCUUUUCAUCUUCAUCAAAUGCAGCUCUCCAAUGACAGGUCCUCGUGUGGUAACUCUAGUAAUCCAUCACAUUUCACCAAUGGGACGGCAGAAACAAAGAGACCCUGCACUUUGAUGGAGUCAAAGACUUCUCAAUCUCAAACAGCAUCAAAGAAAUCACGAUUGGAAUCACGCCCUUCAUGCCCACCCUUUAAGGUUAGAAAAGAGAAAUUGGGUGAUAGGAUUGCGGCUCUUCAGCAGUUGGUGGCUCCUUUUGGCAAGACAGACACAGCAUCCGUACUCAUGGAGGCUAUUGGAUACAUUAAAUUCCUUCAAGGUCAAGUCGAGACACUGAGCGUUCCUUACAUGAAGUCAUCGCAGAACCAGACCAACAGAGUAAUGCAAGGGGGUUCAGCCAUAGGCGCCGACGCAAAUGGGGAACCAAAGCAAGAUCUUAGAAGCCGAGGCCUCUGUCUCGUGCCAUUGUCGUGUAUGUCGUACAUAGCAGGUGAUGGGGGAAAUGAGGUGUGGCAACAACCAAACUUCGGUGGAGCUACCUAG